AGAUAGGCUUAUCUGCUAAACUCUGUGUAUGAUAUGCUGACCUGGUAGCAAGGUACUGAAUUUGAUUCUGCUCUUCUGCCUGCUUUGUAGGAGGACUGGUGCAUUAAGUGAUGUUUGUUAGCCUGUUAUAUAAUAAUUAUUUCUGCUAGGCUAGGAGAUCUCUUAGGACUCAAGGGAGAGAACAGACUUCAAUAGAACGUUUACAUGGGACAGAGACCUUUUAGUUUGUUAGUGAAUUUGAGUAAAUUUCACUAGUUGCUCGAGGGUUUCAUAGGUGCCUUCAUUUUGCAUAUUUGUUUAAAUUGGUUUUGCACUAUGUUUUAUUAAUAUAGUUUCAGUGUGAGUAGGGAAUUAGAAUAAAAAGACAAGUUUGUAAGCCGUAUUAUUUAUUUUCAAUUUUUUUUUUUUACCCAAAUUGAAUAUAACUUUGUACGAUUUCUGAACCAUUUCUCUUUCUGAUAGAUUUUGCAUUCCAAAUGGCAGAAGCUGGAGUGUGUGUGCUGCUCUUAUUUUGCUCCCUGUUCUCAGGACUGGUGUAUUACAUAAACUUUUUUUUUGAAAAUGGAGGCAAGAUGAAAGAAAGGCCAAAUUUUAUUAUUAUCCUGGCUGAUGAUAUUGGUUGGGGAGACCUCUGGACAAAUGAGUUUGACAAUACUACCCCCUGGCUGAAUAUGUUAAAGCUGGAAGGCAAAAGGUUUACAGACUUCCACUCUCCUGCUUCCACAUGUUCCCCCUCGCGUGCGGCACUGCUGACUGGUAGACAUGGCUUACGCAAUGGGGUCACUCACAAUUUUGCAAAGGGGUCUACUGGAGGACUGCCACUUAAUGAGACGACAUUUGCUCAGCUUCUACGUGAUGCUGGCUAUUAUACUGCCAUGAUUGGAAAAUGGCAUCUUGGACACAGUGGUCCCUACCAUCCAAUCCACAGAGGUUUUGAAUACUAUCUUGGUAUUCCGUAUAGUAAUGACAUGGGCUGCACUGACAAGCCUGGCUUUGACCUGCCCAGCUGUUUCCCAUGUGAGCAAAGUAAACACAGUAGCAGGAAAGAUGGAGGAUGUGACACCAAAAUAGCAUUACCUCUCUUUGAAAAUCAGAAUAUAGUUCAACAACCGCUGGAUCUUUGGGAUCUCACAGAAAAAUACGCUAAAGCAGCAGCCACACAGAUUUUGACUGCAAGGAAUAGGGGGCAGCCUUUCCUGCUGUAUGUGGCCCUGGCCCAUAUGCAUGUUCCUCUCUUCCAUAAUCGCUUCCUGAAUGUAACUGCAAAGGAAGCUUAUUCAGCCAGUCUUAGUGAUAUGGACAGUUUGGUGGGGAGUAUAAAACUUGCAACUGAGGCCUUUCAUAUGAAGAACACACUUAUGUGGUUUACUGGUGAUAAUGGGCCGUGGGAGCAGAAAUGCGAGUUUGCAGGGGGCACUGGACCUUUUCUGGGGAAGUGGCAGACCACCAGAGGUGGAGGCUCAGCCAAGAGGACCACCUGGGAAGGGGGCCAUCGAGUUCCAUCAGUGGUCGUUUGGCCAGGGAACAUAUCACCCAACACCACCAGCAAUGCCUUGCUGAGUGGUAUGGAUAUCUUUUCCACAAUCCUCUCCUUAGCCGGUGUGGACUCUCCUUCAGACCGCCGUUAUGACGGCAUUGAUGUAACACACAUCCUGGUCAAUGGGUCUGAUACAGGACAUAAGAGUCUCAUGCAUCCAAACAGCGGGGCAGCAGGGCAGUUUGGAGACCUACAGACUGUCAGACUGGGACAUUACAAAGCUUUUUACAUUACAGGUGGUGCAGAAGCCUGCGGUGGAGGAAGUGGAAAGCAGGAGCUUCAUGAUCCCCCUUUGAUUUUUAAUCUGGACAAGGAUGAAGCAGAAGGGUCACCUCUGGACCCAGCCAGCGAAGAGUAUCAACUCGUUCUCAAGGAAGUGGAGAGAGAGCGUGAAGUGCUGCUAUGGGAUAUUGCGACAGACAAUGUAUCUACUGCAGAUUACACUGUAUCCCAGAGCGCAGUCCCCUGCUGUCAACCACAGAACCCUGCCUGUCGAUGCCAUAGGCCAAACUAAAAUCUGUGACUUUAUAUACAACUGUUUUUAAGCAUAAACUACAUGUUGUGUACAGAAGGCAUGGAAGAGCACAAAGUCAUCCAUGCUCCAAGAAGUCAACAUGCAAGUGGUUUCAGUGUUUCUAAAAGAAUUUACAGUUAGGUAGACUGCAAGAGGACAGCAUGGUGGUGUAGUGUUAGCGUUGCCACCUCAUAGCGCUAGGGUUCCAGGUUCAAUCCUGACCUCUUUGCAUGUUCUCCCUGUGUUCACCUGGGGUUUCGACUGUGUUCUCUGAUGUCUUCCCACUGUCCCAAACAUGCAGAUAAGUGGAUAGGCUACACGAAAUUGCCGCUAGGUGUUACAUCCUAUCGAGUGUGAAUUCUCCCUCCUUGCUCCCAGUGUUCCCAGGAUAUGCUCUGGAUCUGCCAUGACUUGCCCAAGAUAAAACCAAGAUUACUUUAGAAGAAUGAAUGAAUGAAAGACUGUAAGAUAAAUGUGUUUAUUUUUCUUUUAUGAUGCUGCAUUGCAAUACAGUCUAAUCCCUCAAUGACAGUUUUGAUAUUGUGUACGCAGUUCACACACCUUUAUAUAUAAAAGUAUAUUUUUGCAUAAAUAAAACAUUAAUGAAAUAAAAUAUUGACUGGUUUUAA